AUGAUACCACUUGAAAAACGGCAAUUUCGACUGCUUAAUGUGGCGUGCUUAAACGCUCGGGUCGAUACUGCGCUGUUUCUUUUAGACACCCGACCUGCACGUGCCGAAGAACUUAUGAAUCAACUCCUCAACAGAGGAGCUUCCGCUCGAGAUGCCUUGACAUCUUUGCUUGACGAAAAACAGAUUUUAGAUACAGUCCUCAGUCUGGCCAUUUCAAGGGCUAGUUAUGGUUUAGUGAAGCGACUCAUUGCUGAAGGAGCGGACGUACACGUCAAGACGAUGCACCAGAUCGAACUUUUUUCUCGUCAGUCUGGAGAGGAGAUAGUGCAGGAUGUUACUCCACUUCAUCUGGGGAGUCUCCAUGCGAAUUUUCAUGGUGUUCAGGCUCUGUUUGAUCAUCGCGGAGACAAGGCUACUGUUGCGGAAAUGGUCUUGGCCAGUGAUAGCGCUGGUCGUCUGCCCCUUCACUGGGCCGCACGAGGGGCUCAUGGUCCAGAGUAUCACUAUAUGCUCCCUCAAAACGAAAUCGUCACACAUACGGUAAACACCGUCAAGCUGCUCUUAAGCAUCGAUCCAGACACGAUCAAUGCUCGAGACCAUAAAGGAUACAAUGCCUUAUGGUAUGCAGUCUCUAGCUUCAGAGAAGGUUUUGACCAGCAUUUGAAUAUUCCAAAAACCCUGCUUGAGUAUGGAGCAGAAGCAAAUAUGCGCGAUCAAGAUGGCCUAAAUGUGUUGCAUUUGUUAGCUUUCACGCAAAACGUCGAGGCCGUGCGAGCUUUACUCCGUUGUGGCGCCAGCAUGAGUGUCAAGAAUUUGAAAGGCGAUACGCCGCUUCACCAGGCGGCAAAGGGAAAGGUGUUUGGCUACCGAUAUGAACUGGCCACUGAGCGGAAUGGCAUUCCCCUAGAUGCUAAGAUCACAGCACAAGACUUGAUGAUGAAAAUCUUAGAAGAAGCUGGUGACGGGCUCGACUUGAUGAACGAAAAGAAUGCAGAUGGCAAAACACCACGACAGCUGCAACAGGAAACACGAAUCAAGUGGCACCAGGAAGAGCAAAAACGGUUGAGCCAUAUGCAAGACAGAUGA